AUGGAAACUAUCGUGCGCCUCUUGUCCCACGCAGCCAACAAACCCUAUCGUUCAAAGCAUCUCCACGAUGAAACCGCCAUUUACCUCAAUGAAGAUGGCUUCGUCGAGUUUGGCCCCGACGACAUCGAGAACCCACGAAACUGGUCGAUGAGUCGUCGGGUGGCCAUCACUGUAACCUCCAUUCUUCUCGUCGUGAAUGCGACAUUCGCUUCAAGCUCGCCGAGCGGCUGUUUCCAGUCCAUCUCCGAGCACUUCGAAGUCUCGACCGAGGUCGCAGGUUUGACCAUCACGCUUUUUCUGCUGGGCUACUGCGCCGGUCCGCUGAUAUUCGCGCCGCUGAGCGAGUUCUACGGCCGUCGGUGGAUUUUCUACAUCUCCUUUCUGCUUUAUCUCGCCUUCAACUUCCUCUGCGCCUUCGCUCCGAAUUUGGGAGCCCUGCUUGUGGGUCGGUUCCUCACAGGAACUUUUGUUUCUGCACCAUUAAGCAACGCUCCGGGGGUUCUGGCCGAUCUAUGGGAUCCGCUCCAGCGCGCCAACGCCAUGGCCGGCUUCUCCGCCAUGGUGUACACGGGGCCAGCUCUCGGGCCUGUCGUUGCAGGCUUCCUCGAACUCAAGGAGGAUUGGCGGUGGAGCUUCUAUGUGCUUCUCUGGCUCGGAGGAGCAACAGCUAUCGUGAUGUUGACCAUUCCCGAGACAUACGCACCAACGAUCUUGUACCAUAAAGCCAAACGCAUUCGAGAGGCCAAGAUUCCCGGUUAUGAGGAUGUCAAGGCUCCUGCCGAGGCUACCGAUCGGACAUUAGUGGGGAUCUACAAGGUGGCCCUGACACGGCCUUGGAUUAUCCUUUUCGACCCAAUUUCUUUCCUCUGUGCCAUUUACAUGGCGGUCGUCUACACGUUGCUCUACAUGCUCUUCAGUAUUUAUCCGAUUGUGUUCCAAGAGAAGCGUGGGUGGAAUUCAGGCGUGGGCGAGCUGCCUUUGAUUGGCACGGUGGUCGGUGCAUUGAUCGGCGGCAUGAUCGUUCUGGUCGACACUCGCCUCCGUCAGGGAAAGAUUGAACGGGGCGAGAAGAAAAUGGAAGAUUCCGUGCCCGAAGACCGGUUGCCGCUCGCGAUGAUCGGAGGUAUAGGGUUUUCCGCGACCAUGUUUUGGUUUGCAUGGUCAGCCGAAUACAACGAUGUCCAUUGGAUCGUCCCCACUCUUGCGGGGUGUUUUCUCUCCAGCGCAUUGCUGCUGAUCUUCGUUUCAUACCUCAACUACCUCGUGGAUUGCUACCUGAUGUAUGCUGCCUCUGCAAUUGCAGCCAACACCAUUGUCCGCUCUGCCUGUGGUGCAGCUGCACCACUUUUCACCAACCAGAUGUUCACUGCAAUGGGCGUGGGAGGCGGAGGGAGUUUGAUCGGUGGCGUGGCUGCUUUGCUGGCCGUGAUCCCUUUCCUAUUUUACAAAUAUGGAAAGCAAAUCAGGAUCCGAAGCAGGUUUGCGCCGACCGCAGGGAAUCGUGCCCAAAGAGAACCAGACGAGGAAAGCGGUCCUCGGGGUGAACCGAAUCAACAUUCGGAGAACUCGGAUUUGCAGUCGAGUAAAAGCGAAGAAGCAUGA